AUGGAUUCUCAUGAAGCAAAAAGGCUACCACCUCCCCCACCUGUAGUUCCACCAAACCUUGUACCUGAACUGGAGCCUACUAAAAAGACCACACUUCUCCCAAUGGCUCGGCGUGGCUUCGGGUCCAACGGAGAGAGGAUACAUCUUCUUACAAAUCACUUCAGAGUCAACUUCAACAACGCAAAAGGCCAUUUCUUUCAAUACAGUGUUACUAUUACAAAUGAAAACGGGAGUCCAAUGGAGGCUAAAGGUAUUUAUAGGAAGAUUCUUGAAAAGGUUCAGGAAACCUAUCGAGGACAUUUAAGAUCCAAAUACUUUGCUUAUGAUGGGGACAAGACUUUGUUCACCACUGGUGCUCUUCCUAAGAACACAAUGGAAUUCGAGGUCGUUCUUGAAAACACACCUUCUAGCAGAAACAACACUGGAAGUAGUAGUCGGAAUGAAACAAAUGACGCAGACAGGAAAAGAUUAAGGCGGCCAAACCGAUCCAAGAAGUUCAAGGUUGAGAUAAACUAUGCUGCAAAGAUACCUAUGCAGGCUCUUGCAAACGCUAUUCAAGGGAUGAAAACAGAUAAUCUUCAGGAUGCUACAAGAGUGUUGGAUGUCAUUUUGCGACAGAAUUCAGCUAGGAAAGGUUGCCUACUUGUUCGCCAAUCAUUUUUUCACAACGAUCCUCCGAACAUUUUACCCAUUGGUGAAGGUGUGUUUGUUGCUAGAGGGUUCCACACAAGCUUCAAAACUACUCAGAGAGGCUUAUCCUUGAACAUCGACACUUCAGCUACAAUGAUUGUAAAACCAGGACCUGUUGUUGAUUUUCUUCUUGCAAAUCAGAAUGUGAAAGACCCAAAGGAUCUUGACUGGAAUAAGGCUAAACGUGCCCUCAAGAAUCUUAGAGUUAAGGUUAUCCCCUCAAAUAGAGAAUACAAGAUAACUGGACUAAGUGAAGAGCGCUGUAAAGAUCAAGUGUUUAUUCAUAAUCUUAAAAACGAGAAGGGGGAAGUUUAUGGGGUUGAGACAACAGUGUACAAGUACUUCACCGAGUUUCGCCAUGUCGAACUGAAAUAUUCAGGUGACUGUCCUUGCAUCAAUGUUGGUCAUAAGCCAGCGCGCCCAACCUACAUCCCCAUUGAGCACUGUGAACUUGUGAGUCUACAGCGUUACACAAAAUCGCUUAGUAGUUCGCAGAAGGCUUGUCUGGCAGAAACUUCAAGGCAGAGGCCACCUCAAAGAAUGGCUUCACUAACCACUGCUCUGGAGAAGAGUAACUAUAGUGCUGACCCUGUGUUGCAAGAAACUGGUGUCAGCAUUGGCUCUAACUUCAUUCAAGUGGGCGGCCGUGUUUUACCAGCACCAAGGCUGAGAGUGGGCAAUGGAGUGGAAAUUCAACCUCGCAAAGGGCCCACGGUUGCAAUGUGGGUUGUUGUGAACUUCUCUGCUCAAUGUGAUACGAAUAGGCUUGUUUCUGAGUUGAUUAGAAGUGGAAAAAUGAAAGGAAUCGAAGUAGAAGAUCCAUACAAAGUCGUCUUUAAAGAAGAACCUCGGUUUAGGGAUGCGCCAGCUAAUAUAAGAGUAGAAAAGAUGUUCGAGCAGAUGAAAUCUGAACUAAAGGAAAAGAAACCUCUAUUCAUUCUCUGCAUUCUUGCAGAAAAGAAAAACUCUCCUGUUUAUGGUCCUUGGAAGAGGAAGAAUCUUAUUGAACAUGGAAUUGUGACUCAGUGUAUUGUUCCUCCAAAAGACUUAAAGGAUCAGUAUAUCACCAAUGUUCUCCUCAAGAUAAAUGCCAAGCUUGGUGGACUAAACUCCAUGUUAGCCAUGGAACGCUCACAAGCAAUGAGAGUAACACAAGUUCCUACUUUCAUUGCUGGGAUGGAUGUAUCUCAUGGUUCUCCUGGAACUGAUGUACCAUCAAUUGCUGCGGUUGUGGGGUCCAGAAAAUGGCCACUCAUCUCCAAAUAUAGGGCAUGUGUGCGCACACAAUCUCCGAAAAGGGAAAUGAUUGAUAAUCUCUUCAACCGUGUCACCAACGAAAACGGAGAAGUUGUGGAUGAAGGAAUAUUCCGUGAGCUCUUGGAAGACUUUUACUUUAGCUCGGGGAAGAGGGAACCUGAGAACAUUAUUAUUUUCAGGGAUGGUGUGAGUGAUUCACAGUUCAAUCAAGUUCUUAACAUUGAAUUGGAUCAGAUGAAGAAGGCAUGCAAGUUUGUUCGAGAUAACUGGAACCCUAGGUUCACAGUGAUCAUUGCCCAAAAGAACCAACACACCAAGUUCUUCCAGGCUAAUAGCAAUGACAAUGUUCCUCCAGGAACAAUAGUUGACAGAAGGAUCUGUCACCCACACAACAAUGACUUCUAUCUAUGUGCUCAUGCAGGAAUGAUUGGAACUACAAGGCCAACACAUUACCAUGUGCUCUAUGAUGAGAUUAGAUUUUCAGCAGAUCACCUCCAAGAACUUGUGCAUUCUCUAUCCUAUGUCUACCAGAGGAGCACCACUGCCAUGUCAGUCGUUGCACCUAUUUGUUAUGCUCAUUCGGCGGCUGCACAGAUGAGAACUGCGAUGAAAUUUGAGGACAUGUCUUUUUCUGAGACAGCAUCGAUCCAUGAUGGGAUCACGCGAUCUGGAGAACCCCCUGUGCCAUCCAUGCCAAAGUUGAACUCGGCUGUUGCAAGCUCCAUGUUUUUCUGCUAA